AUGGUGCCGGCCGGCUUGGCGCCGCGCGAGGGCUGGGGCGGCGGCGAGGAGGCGACGCGGCGCUCACGGCCCGGCGCGGCGCGAGCCCCGCUGCGUCCCCAUCGCCGGCCACCAGGCUCCGUGCCCGCGAGGCAGGGCUCAGGUCCUGCGGCCCGCCAUGGCCGAGCCCCCCGGCGGGCUCCAGCGCCGCUCGAGCCCCCCGACGGCGCUCCGUCCCAUGGACCGCCCCGGAGCCGAGGGACGAGGAUGCGCGGGCGGGGGCCGGCGGGGCCCGGCGCGGGUCGCCCCGGUACGCGGCUCGCGAGGCCGCCGGCUGCGGUCGUGGCGCGGGCUCCGCGGAAGUGGCGAGCGCGGGGAGCCCAGGCUCAUUUAAGCGGCGAGCGCGAGCGCCGCGUGCCGGCCGCCGCCCGUGCGCAUGUGCGGCCCUCGCCCCGCCCCCGCCCGCGUGGCCCCGCGCCCGCCCACCAAUCGCCUCGCUGUCCUCCCGAGGCCUCGAGCCCCGGGCCAGCGUCGCGCGCCCCCCGGCGGCCGCUCGUGGGGCAGGGCGGGGCGGGGCGGGCAGCGCGGGUCGCCGCCAAGGGAGCGCCCGCCUCCCCUCUCACCCACCUGCACGUCUCCGCUGUCGCCGACGGGGAGGGGGCGCCGACCCCUGGGCCUCCCGGGUCUCAAGGUCAAAACUUAGCCCUCUCGGCUGGCUGUGGCACUGACCGGGGCGGGAAAGCGCAGGUGUGGGCGCGGGCUCCGGAGCGGGGGGCGCCAGGUGAGUUAACCUGCCCGCCGCCAGCGCUCCCCAGGUCCCGGCCCGAGGCCACGUGCCUGACCUCACGACCCCGCCGAGCGUCAGAGCCCCUCGCGGGGUGGGUGCUGUCGGGGUGCCCCUGGAGUGAGGGACACGGGGCUGUGGACGCGGGGGUAGCGCCCUCUCAGCCGCCGAGCCCGCCGCGCAGCCCUGACCCCACUGAGGAAGACCUCGGAGCUGGCGAGCUGCUGCUCCCCGCGGCGGCCGGGUCAGCCCCACUCACAGCGAGCCUGCAGGACAGUAGAGCUGCCCUGGGUUUCCGAGGAGCGCUGGUGGCUUCGAGCUGCCCACCUUCGGGUUAG